AGUUUACCGCCGCAGUAGAAGAAGAGGUCAGCUGAUCCAAGGUAGCAGCAUCUGGAAAUCAGCAGCUCUGUCUUUUCUGCUUCUAUCUCAACAUUGUUGCUGGUUUUCUUUUCCUUUCUUUGGUUUUCCGUCUCUGUGCAUGAAUUAAAGGCGGCAGCAUGAAAGGUUUAUACUGCCGAGCCGCGGAGGGCGAAGCUGAACCCAAGUUUGUUAUCCAGGAAACGACUCUGCCAGAUGUUUUAGGCAGCCAUCAGGUCAGAGUGAAGGUUAAAGCAUGUGGACUCAGCCCGCUGGAUUUCAAGCUGAUUGAGGAGGUGGGCAUCCAGAGGGAGUUACUUCCUGUUGGCAGAGAGGUGGCUGGGGUGGUCCUGCAAGUUGGACCCAAGGUAACCUUCUUCCAGCCGGAGGAUGAGGUCGUAGGAGUUCUUCCUCUGGACUCCCCCUGUUCUGGACUCUGUGAAGUUGUUGACAUAGAUGAAUACUUUUUAGUUCAAAAGCCAGAGAAGCUCAGCUCGGCGUGCGUGGCGGGAGCGCUGCGUGAUGGAGUCUGCGCUUAUACUGCUCUACACACACACGCUCGCAUGGCAGCAGGACACACACUCCUGGUCAUGGACGGCUCCAGUCCUUUCGGCCUCAUGUGCAUUCAGUUGGCCUGUUAUCACGGAGUGAAGGUCCUCACGACGUCACACUCCCCACAGAAACAAGCCUUCCUGGAGCAGCUUCGGCCCAGCGUAGGCCUUCAGGAUCCUUUAGUAGCCAGAGUUAUUCCGGUGCAUAACGGAUCAUCAGAUCUGCUGUCGGUGGUUCUGGAGGAGACGGGAGGACUGGGAGUGGACAUAGUUGUGGACUCUGAAGGACGUUUGUCAUUUAAAGUUCGUCUGCACGGAGGAGAGGAGGAUGAGGAGGAGAAGUUACUCCCUCAUAAGCAUGACAUCAUCAGUGUACUGGGAGUGGGCGGGCACUGGGUCACAUCCCACAAAAACCUGCAGUUGGAUCCUCCAGACUGCAGGUUGCUGUAUUUAAAAUCGGCCUCCGUGUCUUUCCUCAACCCCGAGGUCUGGACGGCUUCAUCGGCUCAGCAAGGACGAUAUCUCCAUAUUCUGAGGGACAUUGUGGAGAAGAUGUCGGCUGGAGUUCUCAGACCUCAGACGGAAGAGGCCGUUCCUCUCUACGAAGCCACAGUUGCCAUGGAGACUGUCCAGCGGCAUCCCAGGAAGAAGGCCGUGGUUCAGCUCUGAGGUGGAACCCAGUCAGUGCUGGUCCCCGUCUUUCACAUAGUCCACACUGGAAAUGAAGUCAUUGUGAGCAACAGUUUAGACUACAUUAACACCCAGAAGCUCCUUUUCCAGAGUCAACACUUCACUUCACUGCAGUUAUGUACAAUAUUUGAUCCCAUGAAGAUUUUACAAUUUGUCCACAUGGAGGUCAAAGGCAAUUAAAAUAAACUAUCCUAAUUAAAUUGGUUUUCUCUUUUAAGGUUUAUUUCAGCCUGUAAAAACAGAUUCCAGGACAGUAAGGCAUCUUUUGCUCUGGAUAUUUGUUAAAAAUAUGAUGGUAAUACCAUAAAAGGACAUGUAGUGUCCGCUGUGAGGAAAUGCUUGUUUGUUACGUUCAGUCAAGGUAGGUUAGGGCCAAGUGAAAUUAAUCUGAAUGGAAUUAAUCGUAUUUUUUUAAAUAAAUUUGAUAAAAC